UGAGACUGAGCAUGAGGCAGCCGUCCGGCCGGACGAAACCUCCGUAGUCCGACAGCAUACCGGAGAACGAAGAGGCGGCGGCGGCGGCGGAGGCGGCGGCCCGAAGCUCAAGGAGCGAGCGCCGUGGAUGCGCCGAGCGAGCCCGCCGAGAAGUGCCGGCAAAAGGCACUGAAGAGCCGCCGUCAGCGAGGGUAUAAGCGGGCUGGAGCCCUGAACCUUUUGUACUAUAGCGGAACGCGAGGGACGCCGCCACCACCGGCUCCUCCUCCUGCUGCUGCCAAACCAGUGACAGCUCAGCAGGCGAAGGAGGCGCGAGCCGAGCCCCUCUUGCCGAGGAGCCGCCGCCUGGUCCUUCCACUCAGGCGGGGGAAGUAGCUGCAGCAGCUCCGCUCUUUCCCUCCCUCAAACGCUGCUCUUGGGCUGGCGCUGGGAUGCCAGCGCGGGUCCCCGAGUCCCGUGGCAGCGACAGCCCGCGCGCCCCCAGCCCCGCCGUCGGUCUCGCUGCGGUAACCGCUCCCGCCUCCUCUGCCUCCGCCGCCUCCUCCAAGCCGAGUCCGAAGGGAACGUCGCCCCUGCUGCUCCGCGCCGAGAGAUGAAGAGGCAGGGCUGGGGGAAGCCCGACGCGCAGCUCCUCCAGGAUUGGGCGCGGAGCAAGACCGGCGAAGGCGCAGCUGAGCGCGGAGGAGGGCAGCACAUCUUGGUAGGAGCGAUGCCGGAAAGUGCCGGGAGCCCUGGCGGAGCCGAAGGGACCCAGACAGCCCUGGAGUUGGAAGUCCCGUCUCGGGGAAGCUCUCCGUGCUCGGAGCAAGUGUCCGGGAGCACUGAAGUGUAUCCGGCCGAAGGGUUAGAAGAAGGUUGUCCGGGGGAGGCACCGGUGCAGUAUGGUGUGAGUUACCCUUGUCUUCUGCGUCAAAACCAAGUGCUCUUGACAGCCCUAGAGGAGUUGCAGAUGCGCUGUGCCAGCCUGAAGAACGAAAACAGUCUACUGCGUAAGACCUGCUUCCCAGAGACUCAGGAGAAGGUGAGACAUUUGAAGAGGAAGAAUGCAGAGCUGGCGGUCAUUGCAAAACGUCUGGAGGAGAGAGCCAGAAAGCUGCAAGAGGCCAACCUCAGAGUGGUGAAUGCACCAAUAAAUGUGAAGAGCUCCUGUGCAGGACUGUGCAAAAGAGCGCUGGCACGCCAACGGGCCACAGAUCUCCAAGAACAAGCCAAUGCACUCCUGAUGAAAGACAAACAGAUCAAUGCUCUGCAGAGGGAAUGUCAAGAACUUCAAGCUAAAAUCAUGGGUGGAAAGGAAGGUCCUCCAUGUCUGCCUCUUCUAGAUUUCCAGUAUUUACUCCGAGAAUCUCAGAAGGAAGUUCUGCGGUUACAGAGACAGAUUGCUCUGAAGAAUUUUAAGGCAGCCCUGGAGCCCUGUGGUCAGGGACCAGGAGACAUUUCUGUAGCUUUUGCAGUGGACUUGGGGCUCACCACAUCAGCCAGGACUACCUGCUCAAAUGGUUUUUCUCCUACAAGGGUAUCACAGCCAUGGGAGGAACUGUGUAUAGCAGUGGAGGAGACCAGCCAGUCAGAGACGGGACUGUUUCCUUUCGGAAGAGUACAAAGAAGAGAAGACACAUUGUUUUCUGCCCCUGAAGUCAAAGAGCACGUGAAGCAUUUGGACUCUGAGCUCACAAAGAAGAGGAAGCAAUGUGAACAUUUGGAGCAUGAAGUAAAGAAGAAGCACAAGAGAUGUGCAGAGCUUGAGAUUGAACUGCAGGAAGUGCGGAGUGAUAAUGCCCGACUCUCUGAGGAGAAUGCCGUGUUACAGGGGCAAGUCGAGUGGACAGAGAAGGUUGAAUCUGAAAAUGCUGACUUAAGGUUGCAGGUUUCUGUAGUGACCGAGGAACGGAAUUUGGCUCUUCAGAAAAUCCAGGAACUCCAGGACAGGCUGGAGAGUCUCGGGCAGGCACUCAAGCACAUGAGAGAUGUUGCAGAACGAAGGCAGCAACUGGAACAUCAGCACGAGAAGGCCUUGCAGGCCUUGCAGAAGAAAAAAGAUGAAGUCCGACAGCUGCAGCAGGCUCAGGCUGAAGCUAGGAAAAAACACGAAGGAGCAGUGCAGCUUUUAGAGGCCCGUGUGAGAGAGUUGGAAAACCAAUGUCGCAGCCACACAGAACAGUUUAACUUCCUCUCUCAGGAACUCAAUCGAUUUCGCCUCCAAACUGGGAAAUUAAGUCUUCCAUCCGCUCCCUCCUUCUGUUCUUCCCUGGUGACUUCAGAGAUCGUCUUCGCUACUUGCAAGAGUUCUUCACAGAUCCCCAAUGGCUUCAAGCAGAAAGAUCCAGAAAUUGUCCCUGUAUCUCCACGGAGCAGUAGAAAAGUUCAAGAUGAAGAGGUGGAAAGGUUCUCCCCAGUGGCACUUCGGCUCAUUGAUCCUGUGGUGUCUCCUCUGGCCCGAAGUCCAGAUACAAGCAGUCCCCCAGUUGCCUCAAAAAAAGCAAUCAAAAAGUUGGAAGCCCAGUCCAACUCUUCCAGAUCUGAGUCCAUGCACAACAACAGCCCCAAAUCCUGCCCCACUCCUGAGGUGGACACAGCCAGUGAAAUGGAAGAAUUGGACAUUGACAGCAUCUCAUUGGUACCUGAGCAGGAGAACCAUGAGCCAGUAAAACUUCAGGUCUUCUUGGCUCGAUAUAGUUACAAUCCUUUUGAUGGCCCCAAUGAGAAUCCUGAGGCUGAACUACCACUUACGGCUGGCGAGUAUAUUUACGUUUAUGGAGAAAUGGAUGAAGAUGGCUUUUUUGAAGGGGAGCUGAUGGAUGGCCGGAGAGGCCUUGUCCCUUCCAACUUUGUGGAACGACUUGCAGAUGAUGACCUGGUUACUUUCUUGCCUCAGGAACUCCAUGAUCUCUCCCAAAGCUCCCCUCUUGAGCGGAGUUUUCUCAGCAUAAGUAUCAGCAGUGGAGAGAGAAGUGAUUAUUCAUCGGAGGAGUUCAAUGCCAGCACAGCUCCCUCUAGGCUAGAAGGGGACCAAGGAGAAGGAGGUAUUUCCGUUGCAGUGCCUUAUCCCAGAAAGGUGACUCUAAUCAAACAGUUUGCCUCUAGCCUCUUGGUGACAUGGGAUCCACCACUGGUGCCUAGUGGAAGCUGCUUGGAUGUCCAGAGCUACAAUGUCUAUGUGGACACUGAACUCCGGGAAAAUGUGAAGGCCAGUUCCCAGAUGAAGGCCAUGAUUGACAAACUGGACUUGAAAACAAAAGCCUACCGUGUCUCCAUACAGAGUGUUUCAGAGAAAGGGAGCUCAGACAGACUGCAGUGCACGUUCCUGGUGGGCUGUGGUUUUGUCUUAGCUCCAAGUCAGCUCCAAGUGCGGAGUGUUAAGGCCACUUCCGUGGAGCUCUCCUGGAUGUCAAGCAACAGCAAUUUCCCACAUACCAUAUACCUCAACGGGGGAGCAUGUGAUAUAGUGAAGGCUGGAAUAUAUUGGUACACUUUUCGCAACCUGAACCCAAACACUUCCUAUAUUGCCACAGUCGAAAUACAGCCUCAACAGACUUUCUGGAAACCAUUCCCAGAGGUGGAAGAGCAGGUCUUAUCCGCAGAGAUCCAGUUCACUACACCUUCAGCAGGGUCUCCAGAUGCUCCGCUGGAUGUCCGAGUGGAUCCUGGCCCCACAUCUGGUAUUCUGGUCAUCAGCUGGUUGCCAGUCACCAUUGAUGCUGAAGGAUCAUCCAAUGGAGUGCGUGUCACUGGCUAUGCAGUGUAUGCUGAUGGACAAAAGGUGAUGGAAGUUACCUCCCCAACAGCUGGUAGUGUCCUGAUUGAGAUUUCCCAGCUGCAGAUUCUCCAGCUCUGUCAGGAAGUAACUGUAAGAACUGUCUCUCUUUAUGGAGAAUCGGUGGAUUCUGUGCCAGCUCAGAUCCCCUCGGCGUUGUUGGAAGAAGUAGACCGUUCUUCUGAAUCUCAAUUUCACUGUCACCCCUCCCGGCUUCUGGGUGGGGAAGCACAGGCUCUUCUUGUCACACAAACUUCUCAGGUUCCAGGGAAAGACCUGCCUUCUGCCACUAAGAACUCAGUUGCCAAACUCACCUUGCAGCCCACUAUUGCCAGUGAAAAAUCUGGGGAUCACGUGCAUUCAGAGACAUCCUCCAGUGUCAAGGCUCCCUUGACACCAACGGGGCAGGCUGUGUCACCAGAACUUGGAACUCUUCCAAGAGAAGAAGAGAAUUAUCUUCUGCCCUCUGCAGGCAGUGUGGUGAAGGAAGAUCUGACUGUACUCAAGAAGGAGGAAUCUGGAGAAGUCGACCAGGAACUGCUGCUCACCGUGACAAAACAGGAGCCACACAUUUCAGACAGUGGUGCUAAUAGCCUGGAGACCUUGGAAAGCUGCUCUGCAGAACAGGGGACAAAUGCCCCAUCCGAAGGAGAGCCAGAUAACAAUCAGAGCUCCCUGGAACCAAAGAUACCACCCAUGGACAGACCUUCCAUGCAAGAAGAAGACAGCGCCGGGGAGAUGGGCCAAAGCGAAGGACAAGCUUCAGAGUCUUUAGUUGAGUCUUCAGGGAGGAUGAAGGCGUUGAAAGAAGGCUCCAGAGAUGACUCCUCUCAGCUGGUGCCCAGGAUCAGAAGAGAGCAAGCAGAGAAAAGGUCAGAUCCAGGAAAUCGACCACUAAAUCUUCUAACUGACCACAAUCGUGGUUCUGACCUUUCUGAUAUCACAGAGGAAGAGGAGGAAGAGGACGAGAAGGAGGAGGAAGAAGAGAAGCCAGUUUCUGGUAGGCCAGGGGAGAUGAAAUGGAAUCCAAGUGAAUAUGGCAGCAGAGAAAAUGGAGACAAGUUCGAUCUUGGUGAUACCGACAGCGAUGAAGAAAUCUUGGAACGGAUUCUGGAAAUGCCAUUGCAAAAAAAUUGCAGCAAGGCUCUGUUUAGUAUUCCUGAAGUCACUGAAGAGGAGGAGGAGCAAGAACAGGAAGAUGUUGUUGUUGUUGAUGAUGAUGAAGGCUGGGACCCGGUUCUAAACCAACCUAUUUUCAUCCCUCUGGAAAAGAAGACUAUGAGAAGCUUCCAGAGUAAGCUUCCUAAUCAUACCAGAAGAACGCAAGGUCCUCUCUGUUCUUGGUCUAAAAGAAACCACAAUCUUUCAGAGCUGAUCUUACCUGAAAAGACCCUUCUACAGACGUUUAGAGGGGAAUGUAUGAAUGAAACGUCCAGUUGCUCUGGAAGAUGGGAUGGUGAAGAUAUGACCUAUCAGUGGGAUGAUCGAAAGAAACCAUCAAGAUCUCCUCUUUCAGAAUGGAGAAAAUCCAGUCAUUGCAAGGAGAAGACCCGGGUCCAACCCCAGGGACAUAGGAAGCGAAAAGGAGACAUCCGCGAGCCCAGUGUUUCUCUGCGGAGCAAUUCCUACUACACUGGAGGUGGCCUUUACAGAGCACAGAGCCUCACAGAGAAUUUGGAUGUGAUCACCAGCCUUGAGAUGGAGGAUGACUUGAAGCUGUGCAGCUGGGCAGGACAAAGGCCUGAUCAGAUUCCUUCAAGGAGAAUGAUGCCCCAAGAGAAAAGGGAGAAAGCUGUGCAAGGCCUCCCCCGCUGCCUCAGCCCAGUGAAUUUGGAGAUUGACAUUGAGUAUGAUUCAAAUGAGGACGAGGAUUUAACCAUCACUUCCACGCCAGUGAGCUUGUUGAGUUCAGAUGGGAGGGCUGAUGGAUCACCAACAGAUUGUGAGGAGGAAUGGAGCGACUGCUCCAGCCAGUCAGGAUCAGUCCAAUCCAGUGGGCGACGAGAACUGAAGCGGUCCAAUAGUUGGGAGGGAGAGAGCACGGAUUGGAGCACAUCUCCCAGCCAUUCGCCUGGACAUUGUGGAUGGAGGAAGAAGGCCAAUGGUGCCCCAGAAGAAUGGAACAGGACUCGGGAGAAAAGUCCCUCUGUCUUGGGAGCCAGGCCAGAUCAGGCUUGGAAAGAGGGCCCACUUGUGCAAACAUGGGUGACAGGUAGUCCCGGGUUGUUGGACUCAACAUCUUACCAGUCCCCUGUCCAGAGAGACAGAAGAUCUCCAAGAAAAAGUCAAGAAGGGACCCCACAACUCAGUGGAACUAUUGGAACUUGGAGGAGUGAAUCAGCAGACGACAAGGGCUCAGCACGUCUGUUUGUGGCUCUUUUUGAUUAUGACCCUGUUUCGAUGUCCCCUAAUCGGGAUGCUGCCGAAGAGGAGCUCCCAUUUCAAGAGGGCCAGAUUCUGAAGGUCUAUGGUCACAAAGAUGCAGAUGGUUUCUAUAGAGGGGAAUGUGCAGGAAGAACAGGGUUCAUACCCUGCAACAUGGUGUCUGAACUCCGGGUGGACAGUGACAGUGCAAGAAAACAGCUGUUAGAAGAAGGCCACAUUUCUACUGCUAUGCUGAUGGAAAGUCUAGGGAAUAGUGCAUUUUCUCCCCCUCCAUCGCACCCAUCAAAUCGCCCUUCAAAGCCUCGACGGUCUAAGAAAGAAUCAAUCAGGGUGGAAGAUCAGGUUCCUGAUUUAGAAGCACCUGGAAAGCAAAAUCUGAGUUCUGAGGACCCUGCAAGAACAAUGGUGGCCAUUUUUGACUACAAUCCCCAAGAGAAUUCUCCUAAUCCAGACACUGAGGUUGAGCUCCGAUUUUGUGCUGGAGACAUUGUGACUGUGCUCAGUUCCAUGGAUGAUGAUGGGUUCUACUAUGGGGAGGUAAAUGGACAGAAAGGUCUUGUUCCAUCUAAUUUCCUGGAAGCUUUGCCAUCAGACGGAGCACUGGCAAGUGAGCCAAGCCUUGGAAGGCAGCGAGUGAGAAAAAGAAGAAUCCAGUGAUGCAUGUGAGAAAGUUAAGAGAAGAGAGAAAGGCAGAGAACAAUCACGCAAGGAAAUAUCUCUGAAAUGAAUAUUGGAUCACAGGUUGCCUAGCUGAAUUCUACAACAACUAUCGCCUUCCAGAAAGUAUCUCUGAUGUCAGCAAAUACAGGAAUCUCAGUGUUCCACCUUGUAAAUGAAGUAUCUGCUUUUCUUCAGAAAUAACUCCUGUUCUUUUGACAAGUACAUUCAGUAAUGGGCAGGACCCCUCUGCAUACAGCAUUUGUGCUACUCCAGAUCAGUUUUGUACCUGUGUGAUCAUCUGCCAUAACCUUCAUUCUGUAGUGCAAGGGUUGUUGUUGCAAAACCAGAUCUACUGUAAUAUGUUUUCCUGGAGUUUCUAGGUGGACAAUUUACUGCUGCUUGGAAUUCCAAGUUCAUUCCACCUGGAAAAGCCUCUCUCCACAGAAUCGGUCCCUGGUGCCCAAAAGUUGAGGGCCACUGCCGUACACCCACAAAUCUAAAUUUGAAUAAGAUGCAAACCAAUGCAUUGUUAUAGUCCAGGAAUGGUUUCUAGUUAAAACAUAGCAUGGAUAUUUAUUCGUAAAGUUUGAAAUUAUUUUGGAUAUUGAAUUAUUUAUUGUUGAGGUGUGAGACAGUGAGAUGCAUGCAAUAUUUUGUUUCUCAUAUUCAGUAUCUUUUUAUUUCACAGUGGUAUCCAGUAGAUCAUCUGAUACACCUUCCAUUUUUGCUUAGCACCUGGACCAUCCACUGCCUCAGGGUUGGGUGUCUCUUAGGCCUCUCAAUCCUGAGACCUGCCCUUCAGGGUAAGAAGAAGAACAUAUUCCUGAAGGGAAGGAAAAUCCACCCCGGGCCAAGCAAGAAGAAUGGUGCUGAGCUCAGCUGCCAUAGAAUGUUGCAGUAAAAAAGAGAUGAAUCACGAUGUAAUCCACAAUGGCAUUUUAUUUCCAUGGAUUGCAAGAUGUGUCAAAUGGUUUGGGAAGCAAGUAUGAGCUCCAGAAAGGGGGUUCUGUAGAGACAUGUUGCUCACAAUCUCUUCUCCAGUGUGUGGUAUCGGCUGUAAUGUAAUUCAGUGGAUGUUCCCUAUUUUAUCUUUCUUCCAGAAAAUAUCUCUCUUGUUUUGGAAAUCAAAGUUGCUUUCUUAGGCCUUUUCUCUCAGCAUAUCACUUCUCUUGAUCCAGAACUUUUUUUUAUCGCCUCUUCUCAACCUGUCGCAAGUGGACAUUUUUUCCUCUGGGAAUUGUCCUUCCCAGAAAGAAUCGGUCAAGGAUCUAAUUUGGCUGGGCGUGGCUGAAAGGUGGUUGAAUAUAUAUAUUAUCUGGGAGUUCCUGCCCAAGAGCCUUCAUGUUUGCCAGUGGAAAACUCACACAACUGUCUUUGUGUGGAUUCUUGUUUUGAUACCGCAACUUCUCUUUUCGUGGUACUCUAAUACUAAACUGGGUAUCUUGCACAUUUCUGUCCCUGAGUAGAAAUCAGGGCAUUUACCAUUUGAUGGUAAGUUAAGGACUUAUUGAUUGCCUUCAGGUACAUAACUCUGUACAGUACCACUUGAUAAAUAAUUUACUGUAAUAAUGCCGCUAAUCAUUCCUUGGACAUCAAAUGUGACCAACAAGCAUUAGUGGAGUGCAUAAUACCAGACAUGUCACUAGAAGGAAAACAAAUCACAAAAUUGUGUCUCACUUUCUUGGGCCAUGUCACAUGGGGGAAUUCACUGGAGAAAGCAAUUAGGUUGGGAGGAGUUAGUGGUAUAAGGAAAACAGGCCACUGAAGAACAUGAUGGCUGGAUACGAUCAAUGCUAACACCAACCAGAGCAUAGAAAAACUCAAAGAAGUUGUGCAAGAUCGGAAGAUGUGGAGCGGCUUGGCCGAUAGACUCGCACAACUGAAUGGAUAAUAUCCUCAUCAUUGCUAAUCAGCGGAUGGAAUUUUACUUAUCUAUUCUUAUCUUUCUCAGUUUUUUUCCUGGAUUACAUUCAAACAGUUUGAAACCUCUGAAUAUAAAAUCUCAUUAAUAUGUUGUGUCAUCCUAUAAAGUACCAUGGUAGGGGGAAAACAUCACUUCUGCUCCCGGUAUGUCCUGGGAGCUCCCACAAUGCCAGCUAAGAUGUGGGGGAAGCCUCUCAUAAGCGUCCAAAGUAUCCAGCUACGCCAGAUGUUCUAGGAAGGAGAUUCCCCCCCCCACCCUACAUCCCUGCUUCCAAUCUUUGCAUUUUCAUUAGGGAGGUUUUGACAUGCCCACUGUCUUUUGGUCCACAGAUUGUUACUGGCUAAAGGUGAGAGAAUCAGAAAGCCAGGCCCAUCCUCAGUUAGGGAGUAUCUCAUCCUCCAAAUAGUUGUAACAUGUCCAAACUUGAGAUCAUAACAUUUACCUGAUACGAGGGGGCGGGGAAUUCCCCAAAAUACUACCAUCUAGUAAAGCAUGGAAAUGGUGAUUAGAUAGCUUUCUGGCUACAGAUCUGUAGAAUGUAUGCAGCUCGAGAAGAGUUCUAACAGUCCAUUUAGAACUUCUGUGCUAGAUAUGCAACUAAGUAAGCUUUCUGUUUUCCCUGGUUAGACUCUCUACUCAGAGUAUAAAGGUAAUAAGUCUCCUUGGCUAUUGCCUUCAGUUAUUGGUCUUCACAAAUACACUACACCUGAAAGGGAGAGGUUUCAUUUCAUCUAAUCUCAAAGGAUCUCUUAUUUCUGUUCCCUGAAGUUAACUAGUUUCUCCUUUAAUACCAUCUAAGCCUAUGAGGAUUAACACAUUGUGCAAUAUAAAUUAUGUAUUUUGAGAAGGGCUCUGUCCUGAAUUUAUACUCUGUCAACAGCAUUGUCGGAUUCCCAAUGCUGACAUUUUGAGUUUGGAAGAAAAGGCUGUUUCAAGCUUCGCUAAUUCGUCAGCUUCCAGAUUCAUUGGGACUACAGCUUCCAUUCCCAACUUUGAACAUUGUGGGUGAAAGUCCUAAGAACUGCAAUCCCAACAACUCUAGAGAGUAUCUAUUUUAUGGAAAGCUGCUCUUUCUCUUCUAUACCCCCUGUAUAAUUUAUAAUCCUCUGGAGUUUUUGCUUCACAGUUGCCUAGAACAAUUCUUGACCACUGCCUAUCAUUGACAUUGAGAUUGCCAGUUGACCUUGACUUAGCUUAAAUGGACCAUCAAUUGGGUUGCAUUUUCUUCGUUUCAUAAAAGAUGUUCAACUCACCCUUAGCCUAUGCCCAAGAAUAUAUCAAAAUGCAGACUGUACUGUAUUAUGGAAACAUAACACUUUCUUUAAAAUAGCUCUGAAUGGCAUCUUGAUUCUUUUCUUGGUAGAAGACUUCUUUGCCAGGAUCAAAGUUGGACCUAAAAUUGGAACCAUGAAGUGAAAUUCUGAGGCAAAUGUCCACUACUGAAGAAACAGAGAGGGAGAGGGAGAGGAAGAGAGGGAGAGGGGGAGAGAGAGAGAGAAUGGUUAAGUUAGAUUAAGUUGUUGAUGUGUACAAGUAUGAGAGUGUAUCCUUUGUCCCUGGUUAUUGGCAUUCUAAACUAAGAAGGCAGCCCAGACUCUACUGGUGUCCUUCUCCUGUGGUCUGCCUUUUGUAAGAUGUCCAGCUGCUGAACUAAGCAGCUCUAAUGGUGAGGAUCAGUGGGCACUGUGCCAGCCUGUGUGCCUAGCCUGUGGGAAGGGGUGCCCCUUAUUCAGAGGUGACCCCUAUUUCAUGACUGAGAGAUUUGUGUGUGCGUGUUUUAAUAAAUGUGUCCCCCAUUCUUGCAGCCAAUGUACCUCUGCAUGUUUGUUGGGAGAAGGAACCAUUCUUGUUUUGUUCAGUAUGGAUUAUUGAAAGGGGACGUUGGAUGAGCUAUGUUUUUAUUUAAAAAAUAAUAAUUUAUUAUAUUAAAGUCUAUUUUCA